AUGUCGUCGCCAGCCAGCACGAGCAAAGUUGCAGCGCGGCGGUUACACGCCACUGCUCAGCAUCUGAAGCCUGCCGCGUCUGCGGUCGCCGAGUCGUAUCCUAUGAACCACGAGCCGAUACAGUCACCCGAAGACACGAAAAACUUUGUUGACAACAAAUUCGUUGCCUCGAAAGCUACGCAAUGGAUCAGCCUCAACGAUCCGGCGACCAACAACUUGGUGACAAGGGUGCCGCAGAGCACCGACGAGGAGCUCAAGGCCGCGGUGGACAGCGCGCAGAAGGCAUUCAAACCUUGGAAAGAGACUAGUUUGUUGCACAGGCAGCAGAUCAUGUUCAAGUACACACAUUUGAUCCGCGAGAACUGGGACAGACUGGCUGCCAGCAUCACGCUCGAGCAGGGUAAGACUUUUGGAGACGCGAGGGGCGAUGUUCUGCGUGGUCUCCAAGUUGCCGAGACUGCAUGCGGAAUCACAACUCAGAUGACUGGCGAGGUGCUCGAGGUUGCAAAGGACAUGGAGACUCGCAGCUACCGCGAGCCAUUGGGCGUCGUUGCUGCCAUCUGCCCGUUCAACUUCCCCGCAAUGAUUCCCCUAUGGACCAUCCCAAUCGCUACCGUGACUGGCAACACAUGCAUCAUCAAGCCGUCCGAACGCGACCCAGGUGCUUGCAUGAUUCUCGCUGAGCUUGCUGAGAAGGCCGGCUUCCCUCCCGGUGUCAUCAACAUCAUCCACGGGUCCGCGAAGACUGUCGACUUUAUUCUUGACGAGCCCCGGAUCAAGGCUAUCAGCUUUGUUGGUAGCAACAAGGCUGGAGAGUACAUCUACUCGCGCGCGUCUGCCAAUGGCAAGCGUGUGCAGGCUAACUUGGGCGCGAAGAACCACGCUGCUGUCUUGCCGGACUGUAAUAAGAACCAUGCCCUGAACGCUAUUGCUGGCGCUGCUUUUGGUGCGGCUGGCCAGCGAUGCAUGGCUCUGAGCACUCUUGUUAUGAUUGGCGAGACCAAGGAUUGGGUUCCUGAGAUUGCUGAGCGCGCAAAGGACCUCCAGAUCAACGGUGGUUUUGAGGAGGGUGCGGACCUUGGUCCAGUCAUCAGCCCUGAAUCCAAGAAGAGGAUCGAGGAGCUCAUUGCCAGUGCUGAGGAGGAGGGUGCUACGAUUCUUCUUGAUGGGCGUGGUCAGAAGCCGCCGUCGGAGAAGUAUGCCAACGGCAACUGGAUCGGACCUACCAUCAUCGCCAACGUCAAGCCUCACAUGAAGUGCUACACCGAGGAGAUCUUCGGCCCUGUCCUUGUCUGUUUGAACGUCGAGACUAUCGAUGAGGCCAUUGACAUGAUCAACGCCAACGAGUACGGCAAUGGCACUGCCAUCUUCACGCGCUCAGGUGCCACUGCCGGCCGCUUCCAGCACGAGAUUGAGGCCGGUCAGGUUGGUAUCAAUGUGCCCAUUCCAGUACCCCUCCCCAUGUUCUCCUUCACUGGCAACAAGAAGUCGAUUGCGGGCGGCGGUGCCAACACAUUCUAUGGCAAGCCUGGUCUGCAGUUCUACACACAGCAGAAGACUGUGACGAGUCUGUGGAGAAGCGAAGAUGCUAUUGCGACCAAGGCGUCUGUGAAUAUGCCUACACAUAGCUAGACAGGAGUGUGAUAUGGGUUCUAUCAGCAUUAAUCAGAAUGCAUGAUUGAAUAUUUCAGAAGUCAAUUUUCCAACAGCAAACAUUCUG